AAAGAUUUCGUAUAAUACAGAGUUUAACCAAGUAAAAAAAAAUGUAUGUCACACAUUUUUGGAAAACUAAGAGUCAUUAAUAAUGGGGAUCUGGCAACCUGAAUAAAAUAAUGCGAUGCGCAACACUGCUAUGUUGUUUUAUCUCAUGAAUCCCUUAGCGCUGCUGUACAUUAUAGACUUCACAACAGAUAUAGCCCUAUUUAAUUACCAGUCAAAUAUAUCUCAUAUUGUCUCAUCCUUCCUGGAAAUAUCCUCCAGGUGUCUUUCACAUGUCGCUAGAGGGCAGCAGAUAAUCUGUCUUGUCUUCUCUCGUAAAGACAGGUAUAAUAGACAGGCCGACUUUUCAUUUGCACUGUCAUUGUUACUGCACCAGUGAUGGUAUCUCUUCAGGUGUUACGUAGUUUGUGCGUGUUUGCUAUCAUUAAACCUGUUUAUCAUGGUAGAGUUAUCUGAUCAUGUGGACUGAAGACUUCAACCGUCAAUCACAGUGGCGGACAACCUGAUCCAGGUAAAGCUGCUGGUGGAAGAGGCACUUCAUCCUCCCAAAAUAAGUGGAUUUAAUUAUUGCAGAUAAAACUGAUCAUCUUUUGCAAGACAUUAUACAUUUUAGAGGCCGUAUUUCAGUGAAGUCUGCAAUGUCAGCAUCAGUUGUGACAUACGAACAGCUCAAAGCUAUGCUGGCCAAUCACAGUGUGCAGCUUUUUGAUGUCAGGAAUCCGGAUGAAUUCCAGGCUGGCCGGAUUCCCGAUUCUGUCAACAUUCCUUUGGGACAGCUUGAGGAGUCACUGAAACUCCCAUCACUACAGUUUCAACAGCAAUUUGGGGUGAAAGCCCCUAAAAAGGAAGACAAUGACAUAGUUUUCCAUUGCCGAAGUGGGAAAAGGAGUUUGACUGCUCUUGAAAUCGCUCAUCGUCUGGGAUUCUCUAAGGCACGGCAUUAUGCAGGUGGAUACAUUAACUGGGAAGAGCAUGAGAAGAAGUAACAGGACAAAUUGAGCCGCAUUUUAAAAUCACUUUAUAUUACUUUAACUGAACCUUUAAUCUGGA